CCCAUUCUCUCCCACAUCCUAUCCUUAUUUCACCCUAUUGUUUUAUGGACUGUCUCUGAAAUGUUCACUGGUAAUGGAAUAAAAAUCUUCUCCGGCACCAGCCACCCCGAGCUUGCAGAGAUCAUUGCUCGAAGGCUUGGUGUCCCACUCGGCCGCGCCGAAGUGACGAAAAGUGGGAUUGGCGAGAGCCAUGUACGCAUCAUAGAGUCAGUGCGCGAAGAUGACGUCUACAUCAUCAACACGGGCUGCGGGCAGGUCAAUACCUCGCUCAUAGAGCUCUGCAUAAUGAUUCACGCCUGCAAGAUCGCUAGUGCAAAGAGAAUCACGGCCGUAGUCCCCCUUUUCCCGUAUGCGCGGCAGGAUAAGAAAGACAAGAGCCGGGCUCCCAUCACUGCUAAGCUUGUGGCCAACAUGCUGCAGAAGUCGGGCUGUGACCAUGUCAUCACAAUGGACUUACAUGCGUCGCAAAUACAGGGCUUCUUUGAUGUUCCAGUGGACAAGCUGUACGCGGAGCCGUCAGCCAUCCAAUAUAUCCGCAACAACUUUGAUCUGCAAAACGUUGUCAUAGUGUCACCCGAUGCUGGAGGUGCGAAGCGAGCAACAUCGAUUGCAGAUCGUCUAGGAGUCGACUUCGCCCUCUUCCACAAAGAGCGCAAGAAGGCCAAUGAGGUUUCGCGGAUGAUUCUCGUUGGACACGUGAAGGACAAGGUCGCUAUCCUCGUAGACGACAUGGCCGACACCUGUGGAACUCUCUGUCUUGCUGCCUCCCAUCUUUCCGAGGCAGGCGCUGCAAGGGUAAUUGGCCUGGUUACUCAUGGCAUCCUUAGCGGCAACGCAUUGAAAACCGUCUCCGAGAGCACCCUAGAGAAAUUGGUGGUGACGAACACACUACCUCAAGAGGAAAAUGCUGCAAGAUGCCCCAAGAUCGAGGUCGUCGACAUUGGCAACGUCCUCGCAGAAGUUAUUAGACGGAGCCACAAUGGGGAAAGUGUCUCAAAGCUGUUCAACGAGGUGCCGUAUUGAGAAAAGGUGGGCGAGAAGGCGUGUAACGUGAGGUUCAUCAAUGUACAACGUAUAUUUCCAAUCAUAGACAUCUCGUCUGU